AUCCGACAACACAAUGGGUAUAUAGGCCACGUUGGAUUUUUAUCUGAUAAAUUGUAAACAUUUUUAUGGCUGUGCAAACCCGCAUAAAAUGUAAUAUAACUCUGAAUGAUCUGAAUAGGUAAAUACAUAUAUCGUUUAUUAAGAUUUGAGCAAAUAUUACUGUUUCUAUAUUUACGUUGGCAGCCCUACAUCUUAGUACACAACGAAGUGGGAAAGUAAGAUAAGGUUAGAAAAGUGGAUAUGCUGCAGAAGCCCAUAUCUUGCGGACCUCAGAGACGACGUACAUUCGUACUUCCGUUUUAAAGAAUACAAGGAAGGAAUCGUGAAAACGUCAUCAUUCAGCAGCAAACGUAGGAUCGAAUAUUCAAUGAAUACUUUGAUGUUCAAUGGAUAUCAUAUACAGUAUGAUUUUACUGCUUGGCGAUAUCAUGAAUUAUGGAGCUAGAGGGAUGAGUGCUACAGGGAUGAGUUUAUAAAAAGUUGUAUACAUCUUCAAACUUGAGACGUCCUAAAAUGGCAUUCCGUCACUUCAUAGCAAGGCGAAUGGUGCAUGGCGGAGUUCUUAUUGGGGCCAUUCUAAUAUGUUGGAUGGCAUCUAAAAUUGCAUUACAGAUUCUUGUCGAGGGUCGAAGCGAUGAUCUGCAUGCAGUAGAUACAUUCCAAAAUAUCGCAGAAACUAAAACGACUAACGAAAUGACUAGCGAUUUCACUGUUGGUAAACCAAAGGAAGAAUCUGCCCACAAAGCAAAAGAAGACGGUUCCUACAAAACAAAUGAAAAAACUGCUGACAACACACUUAAAGAAACAGCAAACAAGUUAAAUAAAGAAAGUGUCCCCAAUACAAAGAAAAGUCAAAAGAAAGACAGAUUCGGUGAUGACGUUAAACAUCCAAUUCUACUAUGGUGGACCUAUAGCCCUGGCAAACGUCCAGGGGAGUAUGUUUCCUGUGGGAACGUGAAGUGCUACAUCACAGAUGACAAAGAAUACUUCGACCAUGAUUUGACAAGAAUUCUGAUGUUCUACGGAACUGACAUGCUUAUGAAUGAGUUACCUUUACCAAGGCACCCUAAGCACGAAUGGGGACUCCUUCACAAUGAAUCACCGAAGAACAAUAGAUACUGGUUCUCCCACCCUGAGAUAAUGCACAUGUUUAACUACACCUCUACAUUCAAGAGGGAGUCUGACUACCCCAUCACUACCCAAGAUGUCGAGGACAUAGAAUAUCUGCAAACAAAAAAAUAUUAUAUCCCAUUGCAAGAGAAGAACAAGCUUCUAGCCAAAGAGGGUCUAGCUCCCAUAGUUUACGUCCACAGUGACUGUAACGUCCCCUCGGAUAGAGAUGCUUUUGUUAAAGCAUUGCAGAAAUACAUUCCAGUGGACGCAUAUGGGAAAUGUCAAAACAAUAAAAAGAUGCCGCCACACAUUGACGGGCUUCUACAGCUGCAGCAUAAAGACUUCUUCAAAUUGAUGGCCAAAUAUAAAUUCACAUUGGCCAUGGAAAACGCUGUGUGUGACGACUAUGUGACGGAGAAAUUCUGGAGAACUAUACAUUUAGGUUCAGUGCCAAUUUAUUUUGGCUCCCCUAAAAUAAAGGAUUUUCUACCGAAUGAUCCAUCUGCAAUAAUAAUUCAAGAUUAUAAAAAUAUAAGCCAACUAGCUGACUUCAUCCAUCAUCUCAACAAAAAUGAUGAAGAAUAUGCAAAAUAUAUGCAGCAUAAGGUGCAGGGUGUAACAAACAAAUAUCUAAUAGAUAGAGUCAAAAACAGAGAGUGGGGCUACACAGGCAAUCGCAAAUAUUACCAUUGGACAGCUGGAUUUGAGUGCUAUGCAUGCUCCAAAAUGCAUGAAAAUCUCAAACGUGAAAAACUUGGUGAACAAACGGAAAUUCACCAAAGUAAGCAGGACCAUUAUGGGUGUCCCCCACCAAAACGUUUUGAUCUUGAAACUGAAUCAACAGAACAAUUUACAGUAGAAAGAUGGAACGAGGAAUACUUAAUGACGCAAACUGAAUCAAAGUUGCUCAUAAAAUGGAUUGCUCAAGGGAAAAUCAGGUUUAAGGAGAAUGAUCUCAUAAAAGAAGGUUUAAAAUUAAGAGGAAUAAAUUACUGAAUAAAUUAUGAUCAAAAUUUAAUUGCUUUUUUGUUGUAGCACUAGGCUCCUACUCUAUAUACAGUAAAACCUGUCCAAACUGAACACCACAGGGACCAGCAAAAAGUG